UCAUCAUCCCAGUCAGCCCCGGCACCGCAAUGCAUGCUGGGAAUACAGGGAUCAGGUAAGCAGAACUGACAGAAGAAACUGAGCUGGCGAGACAGAGAGGGACCCACACACAGCAGGUGAAUGAUCUGCCAGAGUACUACUACUUUAUUACAGUCGAGACACUCUUUAGGAUGAUCAUGGCAUGACGUGUGUUGUGACCUACACAGUGGAUUAAUUUCGAAUGAAACGGAUCUCGUAUCCCAACUACGAUUCAAAGAGAUCUAAACACCGUCAGGAGUCCGGAAUUAACAGACACGUCCUCCCACACACCUUUACCUGUCCCCCCUCCAUACAGACACGUCCUCCCACACACCUUUACCUGUUCCUCUUCCCUGCACACACCCUUCAAGCACAGCUUCCCCUGUGCGCUCUUCAAACCAACGCCAAAGAGGAACCUUUCCGGCGGAGCCAUGUUGUCGGGGGACGAGAUUCUGUGCAGCACACGGCAGGUCAUCGCGGGGCUGGAGGCGCUGCGGGGGGAGAACCGCAGUCUGCUGGACGACCUGCAGGGGGCCAUGGAGACACGGCUGGUGCCCGACAGCGGCAGCCUGGAGCAGGAGAAGAGCAGCCUCAUCCACCAGUCCCUGGAGAGGAUCGAGCUGGGCCUGGGGGAGGCACAGGUCAUGAUGGCGCUGUCAGCCCACCUGGGCUCUCUGGAGGCGGAGAAACAGAAGCUGCGUGCCCAGGUGCGGAGGCUGUGCCAGGAGAACCAGUGGCUGAGGGACGAGCUGGCCGGGGCCCAGACGCGGCUGCAGGAGCGGGAGCAGGAGGUGGUGACGCUGGAGGAGCAGAACAGACACCUGCAGUUCAUGGCCUCCAUACGCAAAUACGACCAGGACUCCCCGUCACAGGACGACAAAGACCCAUCGUCCAAUAAGGAGUCGCUGGACGACCUCUUCCCCACCGAAGAGGAGGAGCCGUCACAGAUGCCCCAGCCGCGGCACAGCUGCGCCGCCGCCGCCGCCCAGCAGGGGGGCUACGAGAUCCCAGCCCGCCUGCGGACCCUCCACAACCUGGUGAUCCAGUACGCGUCGCAGGGCCGCUACGAGGUGGCCGUGCCCCUCUGCAAACAGGCCUUGGAAGACCUGGAGAAGUCCUCGGGCCACACCCACCCUGACGUGGCCACCAUGCUGAACAUACUGGCGCUGGUGUACAGAGAUCAGAAUAAAUACAAGGAAGCGGCCAAUCUGUUGAACGACGCACUCGAGAUCCGUGAGAAAACACUUGGACUGGACCACCCAGCUGUAGCCGCUACGCUGAACAACUUAGCAGUGCUUUACGGGAAGAGAGGAAAAUACAAGGAGGCAGAGCCGCUGUGUAAGAGAGCCCUGGAGAUCAGAGAAAAGGUGCUGGGUAUGGAGCACCCUGACGUGGCCAAGCAGCUCAACAACUUGGCCCUGCUGUGCCAGAACCAGGGCAAGUACCAGGAGGUGGAGCAGUACUACGAGAGGGCCCUCCACAUCUACCAGAACCGCCUGGGCCCCGACGACUCCAACGUGGCCAAGACCAAGAACAACCUGGCGUCAUGUUACCUGAAGCAGGGGAAGUACAGACAAGCCGAAUGCCUCUAUAAAGAGAUCCUCACCAGAGCACAUGAAAAGGAGUUUGGAUCAGUGGAAGGAGACGGUCGCCCCAACUGGUCGGGGCCGGAGCCGGGGGGCCCCCAGCAGGAGGGUGCGGGGGGCCUCAGGAGAAGCGGCUCCUUCACCAAGCUGCGGGAGUCCAUCCGCCGCAGCAGCGAGAAGCUGGUCCGCAAGCUCAAAGGAGUGGGCACCGAGGAGAGCGCCCCAAGGAACCCUGGGAUGAAGAGGGCCAACUCUCUGAAUGUGUUGAAUGUUGGAGCCAGAGAGACCCGGGAAGCAGCUCAGCUUCCGGGUGGACUCACGGAAGCACGAGGUCUGAGCUCUAGCACUAUGAGCCUAGCCCGGCGAGGGUCGCUAGGGGGAACGAGCUAACACACACACACACACACACACACACGCAGGUGAUGCACACCCUUCUAUAGACCAAUCCUGAUCCAUCGCUCUGCGGACGGUUAGCUCGCCUCUCUGUGGAGGGUUAGCUCACCUCUCUGGGGAGGGUCACCUACGAUCUAUGGGUUGGUAGGUAUUCACAGGGUUUACAUUUUUCAGACCUCAUCCGUUCUCAUCCACACAUCCUACAUCAAGUGGUUCUGUGUAUACCGGCCGUCAUUAUACUACAACACCACUGAAUACCAGUAGCAAUACCGCAAAUAUGAAAUACUAAAACACUGCACUUUAGACAGCCAGACACGUCGACCAUUUCAGACUCCGAAACAUUCCGAAGAAAUCAUGAAACGCUACUUUAUGUUCGUGCUCAAGAAUGCCGUUUAGAUGUUUAAAGAAAUCGCAUUUCCACUAGAUUUGUAUGCUGUAGAAGAAUUGUGAAAUACUUUUAAAAUUGUGGUGCAGUUAAGCUGUUCAUUUUGCUGCUUUUAUCUGAAAAUACAAAAGAAAGAUUAAUCCAUCCAAAUUUAGGGAGAUACUAACACAAAUCCAAAGUUCAAAGUUUCACAGCAGCAUGCUAAAUAUGGAGGGUUUUACAACCUAUGCAUUGUGAAUUGAAUCUUGUACAACGGUGGGAUGAGUUUCUUUUAGGUGACUAAGGUACUAUUAAAACCAUAUCCUUUGACUUGCAAACAUCCAGAAGAAUAUGGAUCAUAGGUCCUUUGCCGCAAAUGACUAAAUCAUUAUUCAAUUAGUGGGACACCAAGCAUUCUCUAAGUCAACAGUACAUGAUGGUCCUUAUUUGGGCUUGGAUUUGAUUCAAAACGUAUCCAACUUUAUUUAAAGCUUGUUCAAAACAGCACAGAACUGUUACGCUUAGCUGUGUGUAACCAUGGUUACAUUCCAACGAUGGUACAAGGAAAUUGCUCAACCGAGUUUGGUGUCUUGAAGUGAGACGUGUUUUUAUUUUAUGUAUUGUCGUGUUGUCCAUUUUGAUAAGAAGCUUGAUAUGAAAUGUUUCGUAAACUUAAUCGAUAUCCCCAAAGUUUGCUCUGUGUGCCUGAAUGAACAACAAUCAUAAGUAAUUUCAAAAAAAAUGUUUGCGUGCUUAUUUAACAGCUAAUAUUACCGUGCAUGUUAAAUGUGCACUCCCUCGUGGCACCAAAAACAGACCAAGACUAUGGUCUCCUAAAUCUCAAGGGCCCAUCGUGGUUGGGGCCCCUGUGGCACUACAUGUGUAGCUGUACAUUCUAUUACUAUUUUUUUUCUCAUGGAUAAAACGACUUGUUGAUGAACUGCUGGAUGUAGAGUAUUUGACUCAUGUUUGAUAGGGUGAUUUCCAAAACCCUGGUCCUACUGUUGGCAGCCUAGCUAAGCUACGCUACAAUCAGAAUGUUGCACAGAAACCUAGAGUGGUACAUAGGAGGUAUUUAUGUAGAUCGUUACAAAGAAGGCCUAAUGCGUUUGUUAUGAAAUGUUCAUAUUUUAUAUAUAUAUUCCAAACCUGAAGCUGAACUGUCCAAUAAAGCAUUAUAAGACUU